CGCAUCCGCAGCCACAUGAAGAUGGUGAUCGACCAGCUGGACGGCAUUCUCAAAGAGCUCAAGGAUGUGGCCAAGGAACUCCGGGAGGUGGUGGGUCAGAUCGAUAAAUUAACGUCAGACUUUGACUUUGACCUGGAGCAAGAUGACUGGACGGUGGCCACAGCCAGCAGCACGUCCAGCAGUGAGCGGGGUUUGGGAGAAGCCUUCAGGCUGGACUUCCUCAAUGCCGAUGUGCUUUCCGAUAGCUGGGAGUUCUGCAGCUACCUGGAGGCUGCUGGCGCCUCCGCUCGCAGACCUGGUGAGCAACCAGGCUACUCCCAGAUGAAUGGCGGGCUGCCCAUCCCAAACGGGCCCCGCAUUAUUACUCCAGAUUCAUCCAGCGAAGAGGCCAGCAGCUCCACGCACAGCCACAAGACUUCCCGUACCUCCGGCACAAGAGAGAGGGUCCGCUUCAGUGACAAAAUUCUGUACCACGCGUUGUGCUGUGACGACGAUGAGGAGGAGGAGGAGCAAGAGGAGUUACAGGAUGACAAGAGUGGCUUCACCCCCAAACGUUCUUCCUCUGAGCACUCUCUCCUCCAUAACUGUCUGGACCCUUCCUAUGUCUCCUCGCCAGUGAAGGGGAUGACAGGAGCUCACACACUACCCAGGAAAGGUCUCUUAAACCCCGGCUGCCGCAAAAAACUGUUACGAAAUAGCAGCACACAAACUGUCUCUGACAAGAGCACCCAAACUGUACUGCCCUAUAUUCCAACCAAACAGAAAACAAAGGACCACUGAG